CGACGGCGACGACGACGGCAACGGCAACGUUAUCCUUGUUGAGAGUUUCGCAAUAUAUUUUUAUUGCAGCAGUCUCAUCGAAAGCGUCGAAGCAACUAAAUCGCAUCGAGAACCAACACACAGAAUCGGGCCUAAAAAGAAACCGAAAGCGGCGGCUGCUGUUUUGUUAAAUGAGUUUGAAAAUAGCAUUUUCACAUGGUCACUGAGUGUGCAGCUAAGUGGCGCUAAGCGACUUUCAGCAUACGGGAAAGCACAAAGUCAAGACCAAGACCACCCACCUAAAAACUCAGCUCACCUCAACUGAAACUAAAACUUAUCUGAAAACUAAAAUAAAGCAAAGCUGUAGUUGAAGCUGUGCUGUAGCCGUAGCUGUAGCUAAAGUUGAGGUAGUAGUUGUAGCUGCAGCUCAAUCUGAAACUGAAACUCAACUUUAAACAGAAGCCGUUAAAACUUUGACUAUAACUAGCAAAAGACGUUGUCAAAUACCUAAGCAAAAAUGAACGAUAGUCGACGCAACACGGCAACGGAAUUCAGUUACAUACUGCAACGGCAGGGAAGCGAUGUGUCCGCUGCUGAGGCUUAUGCAUUCGACGACUUCAACAAUUUAAUGAAGAACGACCAUCAGACACAUCAGCAACAGGGCCAACAACAACUACAGCAGCAGCAGCAGCCACAACAACAUCGCCAGCAGCAAUCAUCGCAGCAGCAACAACAGCAGCAGCAACGAGGGGGCGAUGUCAUGUCCGGCGACACGUUGUCCUCAUUACCACAAGCAUCGUUCAACUAUAUCAACUCCAUCGUUGGCAGCGGCGUCAUUGGCAUACCCUACGCUCUGCACCGCGCUGGCUUCGGUCUUGGCCUCGCUCUGCUCAUCCUGGUCGCCUACAUCACUGACUACUCUCUCAUUCUAAUGGUCAGAUGCGGUCACAUCUGCGGCAGAUUUAGCUAUCCGGGCAUCAUGGAGGCCGCCUACGGCAAAUACGGUUACUAUUUGCUCUCGCUGCUGCAGUUCAUGUAUCCCUUUCUGGCCAUGAUAUCGUACAAUGUUGUCGUGGGCGAUACUCUAUCGAAAGUUUUGGUUCGCUUCUUUCCCUCGUGGGGCGAUUCCAUGGGCGCUGUGCGGCUGGGCGUUGUCUUUUUUGUGACGGUGGGCGUGGUGGUGCCCCUAUGCCUCUAUAAGAACGUCUCACGUUUGGCUCGCGCCAGUUUCGUGAGUCUGGCGUGCGUGGUCUUCAUAUUGUUUGCCGUCAUCCUGAAACUCAUGUCGGGCGAUUAUAAAGUUACGGAUACUGCCGAGUCUUGGCGCUUUGCGAACACAGAUCUAAUACCCGCCACAGGCAUCAUGGUGUUUGCUUUCAUGUGUCAUCACAAUACUUUUCUCGUUUACCAAUCGAUGCGCGAGGCGACCAUGGAACGCUGGGAGAAGGUCACCCACAUCUCAAUUGGCUUUGCCUGGACUGUGGCCGCGCUCUUUGGCAUUGCGGGCUAUUCCACGUUUCGAGCACUGUCUCAAGGCGAUUUGCUGGAGAACUAUUGCUGGGAUGACGACUUGAUGAACUUCUCGCGUGUGCUCUUCUCUGUAUCCAUAUUGCUGACCUUCCCCAUCGAAUGUUUCGUUUCACGUGAGAUUGUGCGCGCUUUGGUGCAUCGUUUUGUGCUGAAGGAGCCCAUCAGUGAGUUCACCGCGGACAAGGAUCCCAACUUGGAGAAGGGCGCUGAAAUCGAUGAGUAUUCGAAAGCCAUUACCUUGGCAAUUGUGUUCAGCGCCUUCAUUAUAUCGCCCAUGACCGACUGCCUCGGUUCUGUGUUGGAAUUGAAUGGUCUACUGGCAGCCAUACCUUUGGCAUAUAUACUGCCCGGCCUGGCCUACAUACAAAUGGAACCGCAUGCGCUAUUCAGCCGGGAGAAGCUUCCCGCCUUGGGUCUGGUUGUGUUCGGAGCACUGGUCACCAUACUGGGAGCUGCGGUGCUGUUGCCCGGACUAAUGGGCGGCGAUUGCCGUUCGGAUAUUGUGAUGGGAUAUUGCCGGCAGGAGUUUCAAAAUGCCACCAUGAGGAAUUGAGCAAUGCACGUGUAAGCAAACGGAGGAGAAAAAGGAGUGGAGCAGGAAAAUUGGAGAAGCCAAAAGUCAUUAGUUUAGUCAUAAGCAUUGGCAAUACAUUUGCAUUAAGGAUGGCAAAUUGUGGUAAUCUUUUUCAUUGGGUUUGCUUAAUCUUUGUUUUUGGUUUUUGGAUUUUGGGUUAAUGCACCGUAUCAUAACAAUAUGUUAGAUUUUGGGAAAUAGAGGGCGAAACACGACGAAUGAAUAUCUGUACCUGAGUCUCUUAAUGUGCAACGUAUCUGCUAGCUAGAUGUAUCUGAAAAGUGUUUAGUAGAUGUAAUGCGAGCUAUUUGAAACCUGAAUCUCAGUACAAAGCGAAACGUAAUGAAACGAAAGAAAACAGCAAAUUGUUAUAUCAUAUGUACUUAUAUGCACCACAAAUCAAAUCGAACUAUUUCUGUAUCAAUUUAAGAGAAUUCCUCCAACAAGGGAUUGUUAAUGUGAAGUGAAGUGAAUUGAAUUGUAGUGCAAGUUCCUUGAUCUUUAGCAAAGUCGGUCUCUAAUGCAUGCAAAUUUUCGAAUAGUUGUUAUUGUAAUUACCAAAACGAGAAACCAAAACCAAAUAAACAAAUGUAGGCAUUAGUGUAGUUUGAAAAUAUAUUUGGGCACCAAUAUACACACAAUACAGACAAACAAAAAACAGAAAUUUCAAGAUGAGCGAGAGAUGUGUACUAGUAUUUGAAAUUGAAUGAAAAAUAAUCAAAAGUAUUAUACCAAAAGAAAAUAAUUUGUAACUAUCUAUAUACGAAUUAUAUACAUACGAUAUAAAGAAAAAUAUGUAUAUGUGGCAUAAAGUACAGUUAUCGUAUCGAAUUAAAUCAUAUUUAAACGUUUUAUAUAUAUGUAUACAAACUGUAGAGAAAUUGCUUCAGCUCCAAAAUGUGACUAAGCUUUAAAAAACAAAACACACACGAAACCAGAGGUACAUGAAACAUAAAGACAUACAAAACUAGAUUCCACUUUCAUCGAAUUAUACAUAUUAUACUACAUAUAUAUAUAUAUAUAUACAAUAUAUAUAUUAUAUACUUAAAACUUAUUUUAGGGAACAACAACAGUUUUAAGUUGUUUAACAAAUGGCACUGAUUAUAUUUUGCAUACUUAAAAUAUAUAUUUAUAUUUAUAUUUAUAUUGACAUGUAUCCUCGCAGAUUGAGAAAGUUAAAGUAUUAAGAAAAUUCGGUAAAAUAAUCCAAUGCAUUUACGAAAUAAAAUUGUAUAUUUCAGUUAAUUCAAAUCGAAGGCAGCUGAUCAAGUCAUUAAUUUAAUUUAGAAAUCUGUCAUAAUCUCAUAUCAGAUUAUUCAUAUUUGAAUUCAGAUUAUAAUACCUUCUUUUCUCUUAAAUGUUCUGAGCAGAAAUCAAUAAUCAAAAAGGUAAAAUAAUUGAAUCUAUUAGUUUAAAUUAAACUCAACAACUCAAAACAAAAAGCUUUAAAAUGCAUAAUUAAUAGUUGUUAAAGAGUGUUCUAUCUGCGAGGGUAUUCGAUAUUCGGUAUACCGAAUAAAACUAUACUUUGGUGUUAUGUACGUAUAUUUUUUGUAUGUAUAUUUUGUGUUAUGUUUUCGAUAUAAUGCACGACGAUUAUGUAAAUACAUAUUUGUAUUUGUAUUUCUAUGUAAUUUUUGAUAUGAUUAAAGAGAUUAUACCACAUAAUAUUGAACAUACUCGUACUUCUAUACUAAAAGAACACAACAAUGCUCACUCUUCUUCUUACUGGUUACUGGGAACCAAAAGUUAAUUCGGAUUUUCUAUUAUUUGAAAUUAUUGAAAACUAUAACUCUAUCCUAAGAGCUUAACGACAACAACAGCAACAACAAAACACAAAAACAUAUCAUGCCAAAUAAGAAAAUGGAACACUGGACAUAACCAAGGGCUUUUCUAUGAUACUUUUUACAACAACAAAACUCGAUCAAUGCUUUUACACUUGAACAGAAACAAGAACAAACAGAAGAAACACACAAAAAGAGAAAUUUGUACAUACACUUUAUAGAGCUGGUCUGCGGAACUAUCCCCAAUAUAUAAACCACAUACUUACAUAUAUACUAUAUACUCGUAUGUAUAAUGAUAUUUUCAUCUAUCUGAAUGUCUUAGUGUGCAGAGAGCUACGAGAUGCAGAUCAGUUCUACGAUAUUGAAAUAUUGACAUAUAUAUCACAGAGAAAUUAUUGUAGAGAAUCUCGAUGCUCUGAGCGUAGAAUUUGUUGCAUAUAUUUACAUAUAAAGAGUAUAUAGGUUAUAUGCAUAAAAGAUUAAUCAAAUUUCAUUCGAAUUAGCAUAUGUGUAAGCAUAAUUCUAAUAAACAAACUAAAGAAUGUAUUUUAGAAAAAUGCAAUAAACCAAAAAACAACAAACAACCAAAAAAAAUAACAACUGUGGUUUUUCGCUUAUCAUCAGCUUAUCACUCGCAUAGUUUUUCUGCUUAGUUCCCAGCGCAUUCUUGGACUCGGUUUGCGGUUUGUG